AUGGCGACGAACGGCACCAAAACGGAUGGACAAGUGACAGAACUGAACGAGGUGGCCACUAACAAUGACAAGCCCAAGUCGCUGGACGUGAAGCCCGAGAAGCAGAAAAAGGAUUUGCCUGACAGGGAAACAUGGGGGGGCAAAUUUGACUUCCUCCUGUCGUGUGUGGGUUAUGCAAUUGGACUGGGGAACGUGUGGAGAUUUCCCUAUCUCUGUGGAAAGAACGGUGGAGGAGCCUUCUUGAUCCCAUAUUUUUUGACUCUCAUAUUUGCUGGAGUCCCCUUGUUUCUACUGGAAUGCUCCCUCGGUCAGUACACCUCAAUUGGAGGGCUUGGUGUGUGGAAGCUGGCUCCCAUGUUUAAAGGUGUGGGCCUUGCAGCAGCCGUCCUGUCCUUCUGGCUUAACAUUUACUACAUUGUAAUCAUAUCUUGGGCCAUUUACUACCUGUACAACUCCUUCACCGCUAACCUUCCGUGGAGCACGUGUAACAAUGAGUGGAACACGGAGAAAUGUUACACAAACCACUCCAUUGCAGAUACCACCAAUCUCACCAGCUCAGUGUUGGAGUUCUGGGAGCGCAACAUGCAUAACAUGACCGAUGGCUUGGAAAAACCAGGCCAGAUUCGAGUGCCACUGGCGAUAACGCUGGCCAUCGCAUGGGUCCUCGUCUACUUCUGUAUCUGGAAAGGGGUUAGCUGGACGGGGAAGGUCGUUUACUUCUCCGCUACGUACCCCUACAUCAUGCUGUUCAUUCUCUUCAUCCGCGGGGUGACUCUACCUGGAGCUAGAGAGGGAAUUUUGUUCUACAUCACCCCUAACUUUGAAAAACUCAAAGAGUCGGAGGUAUGGCUAGAUGCAGCCACCCAGAUCUUUUUCUCCUAUGGAUUGGGAUUGGGGUCACUUAUAGCUCUGGGCAGCUAUAACCCUUUCAAUAAUAAUGUUUACAGAGACUCUAUCAUCGUGUGCUGCAUCAACUCGUGUACCAGCAUGUUCGCGGGCUUUGUCAUCUUCUCUAUUGUCGGCUUCAUGGCGAACGUGACAAAGAGACCCAUCGCCGACGUAGCAGCUUCAGGUCCUGGCUUAGCUUUUCUGGCCUACCCGCAGGCUGUAACCCAGUUGCCUGUGUCUCCUCUCUGGGCCAUUCUGUUCUUCUCCAUGCUGCUCAUGCUGGGGAUAGACAGCCAGUUCUGCACCGUCGAAGGCUUCAUCACCGCUCUGGUGGAUGAGUUUCCCAAAGCUCUGAGGGGUAGACGAGAGCUCUUCAUUGCGGCCGUCUGUCUGGUGUCCUAUGUGAUCGGACUUUCAAACAUCACACAGGGCGGAAUCUAUGUGUUCAAACUGUUUGACUACUACUCUGCCAGCGGGAUGUGUCUGCUGUUCCUGGUUUUCUUUGAAUGCAUCUCCAUAUCCUGGUGCUACGGUGUGAACAAGUUCUACGACAACAUCCAGGAGAUGAUUGGCUACAAGCCCUGUAUAUGGUGGAAGAUGUGCUGGGUCGUGUUCACCCCUCUCAUUGUCGGCGGGGUGUUCCUGUUCAGCGCCAUACAAAUGGUUCCUCUCACAAUGGGAGACUAUGUGUUCCCGGGCUGGGGUCAAGGAGUGGGCUGGCUCAUGGCGCUCUCCUCCAUGGUUCUCAUACCAGGAUACAUGGUCUACAUGUUUCUUGGACUCAAGGGCACUUACAAAGAGCGGCUUCGGAUAAUGCUCCAGCCUCCUGCAGUUGUCAGGCGACCUCAGGAGAACGGACCCGAGCAGCAGGCGGAGACCAACACCGCCAACUUAUCCAGCCCAGCCAAUCCUGCCAAUCCAGCCAGCCCCGCCACCCCAGCCCCGGCGAACCUCGCGAGCCCGACCAGUCCGGCUCCCGUCAACUCAACCAGCCCUGUGAGCCCCGCUAACCCGGCUCCUCCGCCAGCAAAUCCGACCCCCGCCGCCACUAGCCCGGUGAACCCGGCAACUAGUCCCACCGCUGCCAUCACCGUCACCACCACCACCACCACCACCACAGCAGCAGCAGCGGCGGCCAGUCCAGCUAACCCCGCCACCACAACUCUUAGCCCUACCAGCCCUCCACCCAACCCCGUCAGCCCGACGGAGCCCGUUAACCCCCCAAACCCAACAAGCCCGACCCCUAACCUGACCAACGCCGAGGCCAACGUGUAGACAACAAAGAAACCCUCAUGGAGCAUGUAGACAAAAAGAGAACAUUACAAAGGACUUCCAAGAUUUUAAUUGAUUCACCUACCUCCAGGGGCAAUAUGUGAUCAAAAUAGAUUUUCAAACCAUGUUUAAUUUUUUCUGCAUUUGUAAAACCCAAGCCAAUGAUGUCUUAUUGUUGGUUUGCAUUCUGAAAAACAAUAUCAAAGACUGUUAGUGUUCGCAAAUACAAACCAUAAAUUUGAAUUUAAAAAAGAAAAAAAAAAUGUAAACAUACUGUGUAAUACUGUGAGAAAAGAAAAAAAACAUAGAGAUAUAGAUUAGAGAUUUGUUGAAUAUCUUCAUGAAAUCAAGUAAAUACCGUGUGAAUAUAGUAGAUGAAGUAGUGAACAAAAAUUGACAUCAUUGACGAGGUGCGAGGGAUGGCGUCAGUUUUAAUUGUGGAUGUUUACUAAACCUCACGCAGUUGUCUCUUUUCCAAACGUUGCACUCUGUGAGGUAAAACUACGGGGCCACAAGGUCGAAGCGAGGAGCUCUGAGUAAGCACAAUGCCAAUAAGAAGUUCAUGUUUAGGAGCUCUGGAGCAAACAAGUAUCUGUUGCAAAAGAUUUUGUUUUUCUUGUGUGUGUGAGAGAGACUGUUAUUUUUUUUCCUUCCUUUUUUUUCAGUAAAAAAAAAAAAAGGGAAAACUUUUAUGUGAUCGAAAAACAUUUUUAGAAUUAUUUUUAGGAUGUUUUAUACUAUAUGUGUUGUGAUGGAGGACCAAAAUCAAUAAGGCAGACAAAAGCAAAAACUAUGCCAUUUUAGUGUUUGGUUGGCAAAAGCACAGGGUACAAAGAAGUACGAGUUAAGAGAGAAAAAAAAAGAAGAAGGAGAGAGAAAAAAAAAGCACAGGGUUAGAAAAAGUGAUUAACAAACAUCGACUAUCCCUUAAUGCUGACAGUCAAUCCUGUUUACGUUUUGCAUGCUUUCCUCAGGAACAUCAGUCACAAAUUUCUGACAUGUCUCCUGACAAACAAAAAAAAAGAGAAGAAGAAGAAGAAGAAGUAGAAGAAGAAGAAGCAGAACAGAGACGGCCUUAAGCCAGUACACCAAUUUUUCAAAAUGAAGCCAUAGUCUGUUUACACGACUGGGCAAAAGUACAAAAUACAACUUUGUAUGUGAGCACAAAAAAAACCUGGACCAACUCUGUGUUAAAGUAAAGUCAUUUCAUUUUUCUUUCAUGUGUAAUGAUCAAUCAUAGUUUGAUCAGUAUGUAUUCAGCAAUACAUAUGUAGGUGUUAAAAGGCCAGUAAGCAAGUGGUCUGUUUCUCUUUUUUGGUUUAUGUUGUCUUUGCUUUACUAGUGAAAAGCACAAAGCUUUAAUUUCCCCCAGACUCUUGCCAUGGCGUGUUAGGACAAUGUUAGUUUGCUUUCUACGGCAGCUACUGUGAAAAAAAAAAAAAAAGGCAUCUGGUCGAAAACAGAAACAUGUUUACUUUGAAAAGCAAAACAACUGAGCGAAAAUGUGAAAUGGCUACAGUUCAUGUCCUGUGAAUUUUGUAUAAAGUUACUCUACCACAGUUUUCUCUGGAACUUUGUUGUAAAACUGUACCGUUGUAAAACAUGUAACUGUGAAUGUCUGUACUACAUUGGAAGUUAUUGUCUAAAUGUUGAAAAAAUGGAGUUGCUGUUUUCUGCAAUAAUAUUUUGAUCACAGAAGCUAAAGCACAUAUCUUACAGAAAUAUACGAAAGAUGACGAUGACAAUGAAGAUUACAUGACGACUAUAUUAAAAAAUAGAAACUAUGUCUAGUAAAACAAUAUUGUUUUGUAUAUUUUUAACUGUCUCACUGCCUAAUGUAAAACAUAAUAUAAACAUGAUAUGUAUCUAUGGUGUCACAUGAUAAAGCACGAUUGUUAUGUUAUACAAACUGAAAAAAAAAGACUGAAAAAAUAAAGAAUUAUAGAAAAUAUAAA